GAUUUGAAAUCUCAUCUCAUUAUCUGUAGCCGCUUUAUCCUGUUCUACAGGGUCGCAGGCAAGCUGGAGCCUAUCCCAGCUGACUACGGGCGAAAGGCGGGGUACACCCUGGACAAGUCGCCAGGUCAUCACAGGGCUGACACAUAGAUAAACAACCAUCCACACUCACAUUCACACCUACGGUUAAUUUAGAGUCACCAGUUAACCUAACCUGCAUGUCUUUGGACUGUGGGGGAAACCGGAGCACCCGGAGGAAACCCACGGGGAGAACAUGCAAACUCCACACAGAAAGGCCCUCGCUGGCCACGGGGCUCGAACCCGGACCUUCUUGCUGCAAGGCGACAGCGCUAACCACUACACCACCGUGUUGCCCGCUGAUUUGAAAUAUAAAUAUAUAUAUUUUAAAGAGUAAUAAUAGAAGUAUGAAUGAAAAUAGUGUAAAAUCCCACAAUUUGCCCUGUUCUCUGUAACUGGUACAUUCUAUUUGUUGUUUUUCAAUGGAAAAAUUGAAGCAUUGAAGUAUCACACCCAAGGCAGAUGUUUCUCCUGUGAGUUUUUUUUUCACGCUUUAUUCGAUAAAAUACAGAUAUAUUAUUAGUGUAUGUUAAACAAAGUUAAUUAAAAAAAUUAUUUAAAUCUAUUUAGAACAGUACAAAUAUCUGUGAUGAUAAUGAAUCCUCUCGCGAUAACAGAAAAAGUGGACGUUAAAGUUUCCGUCCCAACAUGUACUCUCGCGAUAACAGAAGGGUUGACUCCCCCUCCCCGUUCAGCUGUCGAACUCUCGCGAUAAUUCGGCUCGCUCUCGAAGCGAGUCCGGGAACUGUAGCGGAUGUUGAUGUUUUGCUCGGCACUGUGUGUGUGUUCCGCCAGAAAAUCUCGUUUAUGUGGCGUUUCAUGAAACCCAGCGUUGAAUUCGAUUGUUCUGAGUGACCUGUGCGGAAAGCCGAGUCUCUCCCAGGAAGCAGGAGGCCGAGAGACCGGCCAUGAUGGAGGACUUUGAUGAGAUUUACGAGGAGGAGGAGGAGGAAGAAGAAGAAGAGGAGGAUGAAGGCCGGGCGGCAGAGGAGCAGCUGCUUAAAUUCGGCCCGGAACCGGUGCUGGUGCGCGGAGCAGGCCGAGCCACUGUGUUUGGACUCAGCAAUAAAUUUGAGACAGAGUUUCCCUCAGCACUCACAGGGAAGGUGGCACCGGAGGAGUUUAAAGCCAGUAUAAGUCGUGUGAACGGCUGUCUGAGGAAGACGCUGCCGGUGAACGUGCGCUGGCUGCUAUGUGGCUGUUUGUGCUGCUGCUGCACGCUGGGACUCAGUCUGUGGCCCGUCAUCUGCCUCAGCAAACGCACACGCAGAUCCAUAGAGAAGUUACUGGAGUGGGAGAACAACCGCCUUUAUCAUAAGUUGUGUUUGCAUUGGAGGCUGAGCAAAAGGAAGUGUGAAACCAACAACAUGAUGGAAUAUGUUAUCUUAAUAGAGUUUCUCCCCAAGAUUCCCAUCUUCAGGCCGGAUUAGCAGCCGCUCAUGCUGUCUUCUGCCUAAGGUGCCUUCCUCUGGUACUCUCGCACUUCCCUCGCGCCGGACUAUAAACUUGUCCUAUAUAUACAUUAUAUAUAAACACAUAUACAUGGACAUGUACGCUGCUUCUCCCACACUCUCUGCUGUUUACACACCUGUGUAACGCCCUCUCGCCGCUCCCUCACUGCUGUGUUCAGAGCCACCUGAGAACACCAUGGUCCUGCAGCACAAGGCUCUGAGCCAACGGCAGCCGUGUUGUGAAGCUGGAUAUGACGGAGGAAUGGGGAUUACCAUAGAAACGGAGCAACGAUGAAAGAAAAAAAAACGAAUGUCGUCUUUUUUUCAGCACAGAGCAAACAGCAUCGCCACAUCAUCAAGAGUAGAGGGCGGUGCUUAUGUUUCAUCAGCCAAUCAGAAAACACAAUCAUGUGACAUCACCAUGGUAUAAUAAUUCGCCGGAAGUGAUCCAAAUGGGAGCUAUUUGUUGAGCUACUGCUAAAGAAGUAAAAUUGCACAACCAGACUAGCUUGGCUAAGAUUGCCAAACUAAAUUCAUGCUCACAAUACAGGUUUCUGAUGCCUAGCAUAUGUUUGCUGUAAAUUUGACCCAGACUAUUCGGUAACUGGGCGGCACGGUGGUGUAGUGGUUAGCGCUGUCGCCUCACAGCAAGAAGGUCCGGGUUCGAGCCCCGGGGCCGGCGAGGGCUUUUCUGUGCGGAGUUUGCA